CGCGUUGCUGUGCGCGCGCCUCCCUGACGCUCCACAGCCCCGUGGAGCUGCUGUUGUUCCCAGAGAGCAGGAGGACAAUCAGACGGUCUGCUGGAUCAGAGCGACACAAGAGAAAGCGCGAUCGCUGUUUUGUCGUUUUUCUUUUUCUUUUUAAAAGAAAGUCUUCAUCGCUCCUCAGUUUUACUGGAAAUCUUCGCCGCGCUCACUGGUGAUCGUUGCUCAGUUUCCGCGGUGGCGCACAGUCCCGGCAUGGAUCUACCCGUGACCAGACCAGACACGCCGUCUCGUCCUCCGCCAAAGUUUUGAUUGUCACCGCCGCCUCUCGACCCCGCAGCAGAGGGAAGAGCUGAACUUUUAACGCAGCCUGUUUUUUUUUUUUCUCUUGCGGGGGGACUGGUGGCCACAUGUGAGGACAUUUCUGGAGACAAAUACUUGUCGGAGCGUCUUCUCGCUGCUCUGCUCUCAGUCUCUCAUGGGGUGACCCACAUAAAAGUCCUCAGACAUGACUGUGGGACAGGCCGUCUCCCUCCCAGCCUGGCCCGUCUUUCUGUCCUUUCCUUAAAGGCCGUGAUUAUCAGCCGAGACUCCACUGUGUGAAUGAAUCUGUGUCGUAAAGCCGCUGUGCUCUGCCACCCUGUCACCAUGAAGAGCAGGUAUUCCCAGUACUACAACAAGAGCCUGAUCCACUCCUACUAUGCCUUCGCUAAGAACAUGAGCACCCAGGACCUGAAUAAACAUAUAGAGAGUAAAAAACAAACUCACCUCUCCACUCUCAACAUCGUCAUCGUGGUGCUCUGCGCCAUCAUCAUCCUGGAGAAUCUGCUGGUCCUGAUGGCCGUCCUCCGCAACAAGAAGUUCCACUCCGCCAUGUUUUUCUUUAUCGGCAACCUGGCGUUCUCUGACUUGCUGGCAGGCUCGGCUUACAUAGCCAACAUUUUUCUAUCAGGGUCGAGGACCUUUGACCUGAUGCCUAUACAGUGGUUCAUCCGGGAGGGUACAGCUUUCAUUGCUCUGGCAGCUUCAGUCUUCAGCUUGCUGGCGAUCGCUAUGGAACGCUAUCUAGCUAUCACCAAGGUCAAGGUGUAUGGCUCCACCAAAACGUGCCGCAUGUUUCUUUUAAUAGGAGCCUGCUGGGUCACCUCCAUCCUGCUCGGAGGACUGCCCAUCAUCGGCUGGAACUGCAUCAACAACCUCAAUGAAUGUUCAGCUGUUUUGCCUCUCUACUCAAAGAAGUACAUCCUCUUUGUUGUGACCAUUCUGGGCAUCAUACUGCUCUCUAUUGUCAUCCUCUAUGUGAAAAUCUAUUUGAUUGUACGCCACAGCCACCAGGAAGCGACCAACACAGCGGCCUAUGCCCUUUUGAAAACUGUCACGAUCGUGCUGGGUGUCUUCAUCAUGUGCUGGCUGCCAGCUUUUACCAUCCUCCUCCUAGAUUCAUUCUGCGGGAUACAAUCCUGCCCUAUCCUCUUCAAAGCAGACUAUUUUUUUGGCUUUGCCACUCUGAACUCAGCGCUUAACCCAGUAAUUUACACACUGCGCAGCAAGGACAUGAGGAAGGAGUUUCUGCGCGUGUUGUGCUGCUGGGGGGUGCUGCAAAGCGGGCGGCCUUCUGAACGUUGUCUGGUCCCUCUAAAGAGCUCCAGCUCUCUGGAACACUGCACCCACAAACACGAACAGCAGACCACACCCAUCAUGCAAGACUGCACCACCUGUGUCUGAUAGGGUGCAAACACAUCGAAGUGUGUGUGUGUCCGUAUGUAUUUGUGUGUGAGAUCAAGUGAAGCUUGUGAGACGGAGAGACAUUAAAAAAACAAACAAGCACACCCUGGACUGACCUGCCAGGCGCAGCUGAGACACAGCCACCUGCAAUGCAAACUGUCUUUCUUGUUACAAUCAAAAUUGUGUGAAUUCACAAUCAUCAUUCAAUCGAUUCACCCAUGCAGCAGGUGUAAAAACACAGAUUUCGCAGGUGGGAACUUUCAGAAAUGUGAAAAAAAGCUUUUUCAUGGGUACGCUCAGUAAUUAUUAUGGAGUUUCAUGUACUGUGUAUGCCUGUCAUGUUGUUUUUGUCUCCAGACAUGUAAACCUUUAUUAAAAGCCAAAAAGUAGAAACAUUACAUGCAUGAUAUCAUAGUUAUGGUGAGUUGUUUUUGGCCUUUCAAGAACUGCAUCAAUGCAAACUUGCAAAGUUGCACUUUGUAGAUUACUUCAGAGAUUGUUGUUCUUCGUAAGGUUGAACCACAAAACUCUCCGUGAUUUACCGAUAUGUAUAUAUUAGGCCUAAAGACUUAUCACUCACUUUUAAAGAGCUGGAGGCAGUGAUCAGUCUCACUCAGCACUGCGCUCCACAGAAGCCAAAUUACCACUAGUGAUCAGUCAACAAAACCAGGGCUAUAUAUUCCCUAUAUAACGUUGCUUAAACCAUUUGAUUAAAUACAACAAACUUACAUAAUCUGCAUACAUUUAAUGCAUGAAAUUCUAACUUAUUUGUAAGCGCUGAUGUGUAUGAUAUAUUCCAGCUCCAGCUUCCAUCACUAACACCCCUUACCCCAUCUGUCCUAAUAAUCUGUCCCUCUUGCUUUCACUGCUGUCUUUUGUAUCUUAACAGUUUCCGUCGAGGAAGGCCUAAUCAGAAAGCACAUUUCCUUCAGUGAACUGGCACUGAUGAAUCUUACUCAAUGACAGCUGUCCAGCAGCUUUGACUAAUGGGACCGACGCCCUGACAGUGUUGUAGCAACGCAGCAGCAGUGUGCUGUCUCUGUUUGUGCCUUCCUCAAAGGGGAAAUUAGGCUGAAUGUAUGUAUGAAGUGUUUGGGGCAGAAGCUCCACUGUUGACAGUAUUAUUGAUUAUCAUUUUGAAUUACCAAAUCAUUGACAAGCAGAGAGUGGGAUGAACAGGUUAGGUCACUCUCACUGUGAAGUCUGAAAUGGCACCAUGAACAAAUAUGUCUUAUGAACAUUCUGGUCUAAUUUGCGAGCCAUAUGUCUCGUGUAACAAAAGAUGCACACGUGUCUCGUCUUUCCAAAGACCCACACCUCCCCUAUAAAAUAGGAGAAGAUCCGGUUUCCAGUGCACAGGGGAGAUCUGCCCUCUAGGGAGGUCAGCUUCAUCCUCAUUCUCUGACAUCCUACAACAUGUAACUUCCUUCAGCCAUAGGAAGUCCUGUUUUUCAUUGUCCGGUUCCUGUUGUUCAGGGUUAGACUAACCUUCUUCCUGUAGACACAUUUAAAACUCUUCUCUCUCCCUGUGCUUUUUUUAAAAAAUGACCUUUACAUUUAGAUGGCCAAGCAGAAAUGGUGAAAAGCACUUUGGCAGCUUCAGUGAUGUUUGCUUUCCCCCAGUUUUUUUUUUUUUUUUUUUUUUUCAGAUGGAGAGGUGUUUUAAUCUGUGUACCCAUCACUUCAUUGUGUUGCGUCACUAUGAUUUUUUUGUAUGAUACAAUACAUGACUAACUAUGUAUGUUUGUAUGUGUGUGUGUAUGUAUGUAUGUAUGUAUCUUUGUACAGUAUGUAUGAUUUGUGUUGUAUGAAAUGUCUCGUGUGCAAUAGCCUUGUGUGUCCAGUAGCACGCUGCCUGUGUUAAAUUGGUACAAUCUGAAACACUAAUGUAGGUACAUAAAUGUUUUGUUAAUUGCAUUCCUUUUUUUUUAUAAAAUAAAUGAAAUACUGAAAAGAA